GCCGGCACCUCCGCCCAGGCUGGCGGGAGGGGGGGGUGCGCCUUGGUGGCAGGAAGCGAGCUGCGCCCGAGGCCGUCGCGGAGCCAGCUGGUGACCGCGCAGGAUGAACCACAAGAGCAAGAAGCGGAUUCGCGAGGCCAAGCGGAGUGCGCGGCCGGAACUGAAGGACUCGCUGGACUGGACCCGGCACAAUUACUACGAGAGCUUCCCGCUGAACCCGGCGGCCGUGGCGGAUAACGUGGAAAGGGCUGACGCUCGACAGCUCUCAGUGGAAGAAUUUGUAGAACGGUAUGAGAAACCUUACAAGCCCGUGGUUCUGCUGAACGCCCAAGAGGGCUGGUCUGCCCAGGAGAAGUGGACUCUGGAGCGCCUCAAAAGGAAAUACCGGAACCAGAAGUUCAAGUGUGGGGAGGAUAACGACGGCUACUCCGUGAAGAUGAAGAUGAAGUACUACAUCGAGUACAUGGAGAGCACCAGGGACGACAGCCCCCUUUACAUCUUCGACAGCAGCUACGGGGAACACCCUAAAAGGAGGAAACUUCUGGAAGACUACAAGGUGCCCAAAUUUUUCACUGACGACCUGUUCCAGUAUGCAGGGGAGAAGCGCAGGCCCCCUUACAGGUGGUUUGUGAUGGGCCCGCCACGGUCCGGGACAGGCAUCCACAUCGACCCUCUAGGCACCAGUGCCUGGAACGCCUUAGUGCAGGGCCAUAAGCGCUGGUGCCUGUUCCCUACCAGCACGCCCAGGGAGCUCAUCAAGGUGACCCGCGAGGAGGGAGGGAACCAGCAAGACGAGGCGAUCACCUGGUUUAAUAUCAUUCAUCCGCGGACUCAGCUUCCAACCUGGCCGCCCGAAUUCAAACCGCUGGAAAUUGUACAGAAACCCGGAGAGACUGUCUUUGUACCAGGAGGCUGGUGGCAUGUUGUCCUCAACCUUGACACCACCAUUGCCAUCACACAGAACUUUGCCAGCAGCACCAACUUCCCUGUGGUAUGGCACAAGACGGUAAGAGGGAGGCCAAAGUUAUCCAGGAAGUGGUAUAGGAUCUUGAAGCAGGAGCACCCCGAGCUGGCAGCCCUGGCGGACUCUGUUGACCUGCAGGAAUCCACGGGGAUCGCCUCCGACAGCUCCAGCGACUCUUCCAGCUCGUCCAGCUCUAGCUCGUCCGAUUCAGACUCCGAGUGUGAGUCGGGGUCCGAGGGUGACGGGAUGGCGCACCGCAGAAAGAAGAGGAGGACGUGUGGCAUGAUGGGGAACGGGGACACCACCUCCCAGGACGACUGUGUGAGCAAAGAGCGCAGCUCCUCCAGGUGACCAUGCACGGCUGCCGUCUGUGCGGAAGGACGCGCGCAGAGAGGGGAGGGCCCAGGGAGGCAGCCUGUUGGAGCCUGCUGCCAAGGGGAAGGCCCACCAGAGCCAGAGGACAAGCACACUCUUGGGAUGUGACCGCAUGGGUGAGCAGGAGCUCUCCCUGCGGCCGGUGCAGAUUAACGUGGCUUGUUUUACACGUAAAGGCGAGGAUCUGUGUGGAUGGUGCCAAGGAAACCCUUUACGUUAUUUAAUAAAAAUUGAAU